AUGAAUCUUUUCACAUUCAUUCCACAAUUGCUUUCCCUAUUCCUCUUUUUCUCUCUUUCAUCUUUCGUCUCUGCUUCAAACACUUCUAAACUCUUCGAAGAUUGGACCAAACAACAUGCCAAAACAUACGCUUCUCACGAAGAGAAGCUUUACAGGUUCAAGGUGUUCCAAGACAAUUAUGCGUUUGUCUCAAAACACAACCAAAUGGGAAAUUCCAGUUAUACCCUCGACCUCAACGCUUUCGCGGAUCUCACUCACCGUGAAUUCAAGACCACUCGUCUCGGUUUGCCUCCGUCGUUGCUAAGAUUCAAAUUCAACAAGUUUUGGGAUCAACCGGUUGAUGAUGAUAAUUAUCUGGUGGAAGUUCCGUCGGAGAUUGAUUGGAGACAGAGUGGUGCUGUUACUUCCGUCAAAGACCAAGGAAGCUGCGGUGCUUGUUGGUCAUUUUCAGCUACCGGUGCUAUAGAAGGGAUAAACAAAAUUGUGACAGGGUCUCUUGUAAGUCUUUCUGAGCAAGAACUGGUAGAUUGUGAUACAAGGUAUAAUAGUGGUUGUGAUGGUGGACUCAUGGAUUAUGCAUAUCAAUUUAUCAUUGACAACAAAGGUAUCGACACCGAAGAAGAUUACUCGUAUCGAGUUCGUCAAGAACCUUGCAAAAAAGACAAGUUAAAAAGGCGCGUUGUUACAAUUGAUGGUUAUACUGAUGUGCCUUCAAAGGAUGAGAAAAAACUUCUAAAAGCCGUUGCAGUCCAACCUGUUAGCGUAGGCAUAUGUGGUAGUGCAAGGGCUUUCCAGAUGUACUCAAAGGGUAUCUUCACUGGACCUUGUUCAACUUCUCUUGAUCAUGCGGUGUUGAUUGUAGGAUAUGGUUCGGAGAACGGAGUAGAUUAUUGGAUUGUGAAGAAUUCAUGGGGGAAAUAUUGGGGAAUGAAUGGUUACAUACACAUCUUACGAAACACUGAAGAUUCUGCAGGGUUAUGUGGAAUCAACAUGUUAGCUUCAUACCCAACUAAGACCAGACCUAAUCCUCCGGUUCCACCUCCACCAGGUCCUGUAAGGUGUAAUCUGUUUACUCACUGUUCAGAAGGGGAAACAUGUUGUUGUGCCUGGAAAUUUCUUGGAAUAUGUUUCUCUUGGAAAUGUUGUGGUGUAAACUCUGCUGUGUGUUGUAAGGAUAAGCGUCACUGUUGUCCACAAGAUUAUCCGGUUUGCGACAUUAGAAAGAGCCAGUGUCUUAAGAGAGUUGCAAAUGGAACGAUAACAAUGGCAUCUGAUAAAGAAGAUACUUUCCAUCAGAAAAGAGAUUGGAGAUCUCAAUGA